CAGACUCCACCUUCCGCCGCCGCCUCUCCCCAGCGCACAGACACAAGGCGGAGGAAAAAACAGAAGGGCUGAAAGGAGGGAGCUGACUUAGAGCCAGCCUCCUCCUCCUCCUCCUCCAGCUGCUGGCUGGGGCUUUUGUUUUCUUCCCAGCUCGCUAUUCCCCACACGUGAUUGCUGUGUUAUGGCAGGGCGAAUGCACCUAUAACGACUGUUAACACUGCCCGAGGAGAGGGGGGGAGAGGUAGGCAAGGCAAAGGCAGCGCGCCAUCCAUGCACACACAGGCAGGGGGAGGGAGGCAGGGAAGCAUGCCAGGCAAGCCACCGCUCCCUCGCCCUGCCUGCUAACCCUUCUCCUCCGCAGCCUGCCCGAAAGCCGCUGCCUCGCCGCUGCGACGGCCCGGGGGAGCGGGAGGAGAAGGGAAGGAGCGAGCCACAGACAAUGGCGGCGGCGGCUGCCACCAGCAGCCCUGGCAGCGCUAGCAGCACGUUGCAGCAGCCGCCGCUGGAGCCCUGCUUGAGGAAGCCGCAGCCGCCGCCGCAGCGCAUGGACCCCCGGCGCAGGCAGGCAGCGCUCUCCUUCCUCACCAACAUCUCGCUGGAUGGCCGGCCGCCGCUGCCGCACGAGGAGAGCGGGGCAGAGCAGAGCGGGGGCGCCGCCAAGGCGGCAGCCGGCAGCGCCAGGACUCGGCACAGCCUGGGCGCCUUCCAGCCCCCCGCCGCGGCAGCGGCUCCGCAGCAGCCGGGGGGCCACUGCGGCAGCGGCCGGCUGUCGAGCCCCCCGGGAGCGGCUGGGGAGCCGCCGGAGGAAGAGGAGGAGGAUGCCUUCGCCAGCGUGCAGGUGCCGGCAGCCGCCUUCCUGGGCUCGGGGACCCCCUCCGGGGGGGCCGGCGGCAGCAGGGGCCGCCUCAACUCCUUCACUCAGGGAAUCCUGCCCGUCUCCUUCUCCAGACCCAUCCCGCAGGGCUACUGCUGCCUGGAGCAGGGCGGCCCCGGCGCCUUGGAGCUGCAGAGAUCCCGUCGUCGGUUGAUCUCCCAGCGCUCUUCUCUGGAGACUUUGGAGGACAUCGAGGAAAAUGCUCCACUACGGAGAUGUCGGACUCUGUCAGGUUCACCCAGACCAAAGAAUUUUAAGAAGAUUCAUUUUAUCAAGAGCAUGCGGCAACACGAUACCAGAAGUGGCAGAGAUAUGAAAUUAGAAGGAGGACGUUGUGUGCCUACUGGAGGAGUGUGUUUAAAAGAGAUAAUUGGUCUUGAAGGCGUGGAACUAGGGGCUGAUGGGAAGACUGUUUCUUACACACAGUUUCUAUUUCCAACCAAUGCCUUGGGAACACGGAGAAACACAAUUGACUCCACCUCCUCCUUCUCCCAAUUUCGCAAUGCAAGCCAUCGUAGCCUUUCCUUGGCAAGAGCUAACAGCACGCAGGGGAGCAUUGACACAGGCAGUGACCUGGGAGACUAUAUUGACUAUGACCCAAAUCUUUUAGAUGAUCCUCAGUGGCCAUGUGGCAAGCACAAGCGGGUUUUAAUAUUCCCUUCAUAUAUGACUACCGUAAUUGACUAUGUGAAGCCAUCAGACCUCAAAAAAGACAUGAAUGAGACCUUCAAGGAGAAGUUCCCUCACAUCAAGUUAACUCUCAGUAAAAUAAGAAGCCUCAAACGAGAGAUGCGCAAACUAGCUCAAGAAGAGUGUGGUUUUGAGGAACCCACUGUGGCCAUGGCCUUUGUCUACUUUGAGAAGCUUGCUCUCAAAGGGAAACUAAACAAGCAGAACAGAAAGCUUUGUGCUGGAGCGUGUGUCCUACUAGCAGCCAAAAUUGGCAGUGACCUCAGAAAACAUGAAGUUAAACAUCUUAUAGAUAAACUGGAAGAGAAGUUCCGACUGAACAGGCGAGAGCUGAUAGCCUUCGAAUUUCCAGUGUUAGUGGCCUUGGAAUUUGCUCUCCAUCUGCCUGAACACGAAGUGAUGCCACAUUAUAGACGUUUGAUCCAGAAUUCCUAGCACAGGCUACCCUUCCAGGAAGGGGUCUUAAGACUUUCUAUUCAGCAUUAUCGAGCUGCAGUUACUACUGGAAAUGCAAAAAUAGGACUCAAUACCAAACUUGUCUCUCUCUCUCUCUCUCUCUCUCUCUUCAAAUACACAAUUUUUCCAGCAGCAUAUUGGGAACACUGCAUGGAAUUUCCUAAGACUCUCAGACUAAAUGAAUUCAUGUAGUGUUUACUACUCAGAGCAGGUGAAGAACUAACUGAUGCCAGAACUGGGGGAAAACAGACUCUUACCACUGGGACCAAAGGAGUAAAAUUAGUUACCCAUAUCAGUCAUGCAAGAACAAAAAUUAAACAGCCUCCAUUCUCAUCUGUCUUACAAUCACUUGUACACUUUGCAAGCUAGUCAAGUGCAUUCUUGUAGUCCUCUGCUACAGACUUGCUCUGACUUACAAAAUGACUUAUUAACGUUGUGGAAAAGCUUUUAAAAAGAUAUCUUCACUGUGUCAAAAAGAGCGUGCCAAUUUAUUUUUGUACCUGCUAUUGGAAGUGCACUUUUUCCUGUGGGGUGCCUGUGUGUGUGACAUUAAUUUGGUUUUGGUCUACGUGGGCUGGUUUGGCUAUUUGAGAGGAUAUCAUUUACUGAUGCUGAAGACCAAGGGGACUUUCCAUGUUUACUUCUUGAAAACAUAACUACUGGUAAAGUAGUAAAUGGGAUCGUUUUUGGACACUUGUUUUUUAUCCCUGAUUUUUCAACAUCUUUUACCUUUCUGAAGAUUACACUACUACUGCAAGAGAUGAAUCAGCAGCUGACCAUAUGUUUUCAGUCUUGUAUAUGGUAAAGAUGAAAGCCUUUAGUUCGUGAUUUACAUGUAAUAGUUUUUAAAUGUCUUGUGUUAAGCCACAUGCAUAUUUUUAACAUUCGCACUUUUCCCACUGUGGAGAUGGUUGGACUUGCACUUUGUAGUGUUGUAUUUCUGUGCUCUAUGUUAGAGUGCAUAAGCAGCACAUUUAUUGUGCUACAUCUUAAACAGUAUUUUAUAAAAUCAAGAGUAGGGCUGAGCAGUAUAAUUGGUGUCUUAAGGCUUUGAGGGGGGAGACGCCUCACGUUGGUAAAUUUUAGUUUUUAAAUAUAAUUGACUGCAAAAUGUAAUCAAUGGCCAUUUAAAUUGUUACGUACGGUCCAGUACCUUUAUAGACAUUGCAGUACUGGAGUUUUAACAGUUUGUUUCCUGCAAUUUAUAUGGUUCUGGCUGGACAACCAGAAAAGCUGGACAGAAUCACUCUAGCUCUCCAGCAUUAUAUAUGCCAUGCUCACAUGCUGAAGGACGUGUAUUAGAGUAAAGAAUUAAAUUAUUUUUAUAUAUCUAUCUAUAACCUACUCCAAUUGCUGAUCCACUUGAUCCCCAUCAUGCCUGAAACAAACUCCAAUAAAAUCAAAUACUUAACCUCUGUGGUGUAUAAAAAUUAAUCUGAAAACAAAUCUCAGCUAGGAAACUCCAACUGCAGCUUUAUCUCUAUACGUUGGAGAGGGUUUGUUCAUGGUAUGGAAAUGACAAAGGAGAGGGACGAACAAAGAUAUAAACACACUAAUCUUUGCUUUCACUUUUAUUUCAAGCAAUUUGAGGGUUUCCUCAGCUAUACCAGGAAUCACCUCAGUCAAAGGUCCUAACAGAAAUGUGAACUCAGUCUUUUUUGUAGCCCUAUCCCUUUAAUCCUAGCGUGGCAACAACAACAGAUGCCUGAAAGAUUGCUCUGUAGAAUGUGGAAAGAUUGUGGAAAGAGAGUUUGGAUGAAUGGGAAUUUUUUUGCUCCUUCUCCAUUUUAAAAGGGUUACUUACAAGUAUCUCAAAACUACAAUUAAACCUCCUCUCUGUAUACUUUUAUUUUUAUAUACUGUAAUUAGAUUCCAAGCUGAUUUGGAGGGAGGGGGAGGAGAGAGAAUGAAAUGGUGCCUCCAAGAUGUGCUCCAGCGUUGCUGAAAUCCCAGCAUUGCUCAUUCACUGGAAAGACAUGGCACUAGGUUCUCCCAUCAGACAUGCUACUGUUCCUUGAUUCUGCCAGCCUGCUCCAUUCUUCUAAGGAGGCAAAGAACUGAAGAAUGCAAAAGGCCUAUGCAGCAUUUAUUUUGUAAUGAUUACAUUUCAGUACCCUGCCUGUUUAGUCAUGUAGCAGAAGACCAGUGUCACAUGCACAAGUUCACAAACCAAAACACAGCUGGCAUGUCUAAAAUUAGUCCUUCUAGCCUUGUCUGUGUCCCUUUAAUUUAAAUCAUGUAUGUAAAUUCCAGCUUUUUUCAUUAAAGAGCUUUGUUGUUAAUAAUG